GCGCUGUCACACUCGAGUAUCUCCAUGCAGUCAGCCGAACGGAUGCGCAGCUUGUGAACUCUGUGUACCUCAUUCUGCGCCUCAGCGGACGGACAUUACAGCCAAAUGAGUGACGGAGGGAGUGGACAAACUAGUUGGACCUCAGAGUCGCCAUGCAGUUCCUAACACAAAGACCCGCGCGUUUCGGGUCAGACAUCACUUUAUCGUAAUGCGCCGCUGUGGAUUUCUCCAAGAGAGCAGCUAAAGUGCUUUUCCGCUCUCAUUUUUAUUUCAUGACUUCAGAUUCCAACGAGAAAGUCUUUUGUUUAGAAACUGUAUACUUAUGCCUUAAAGAAAAGCGGACAAAUGGCUUUUGUUGCCAUAGGAGCCCUGUUACUGAUGCUCUCUUGCGUCUAUAGUGCUUCAGGGUCCCGUCCACGUUUGGAUGACAUUCCCCCCAGGAUAGUUGAGGAUCCCUCUGACCUGAUUGUGUCAAAGGGUGAGCCAGCCACCCUGAACUGCAAGGCAGAGGGUCAGCCCAUGCCCACGGUGGAGUGGUAUAAAGAUGGCGAGCAUGUUGAAACUGAUAAGGACGACCCUCGCUCCCACCGCAUGCUGCUGCCCAGCGGCUCCCUUUUUUUCCUGCGCAUCGUUCACGGACGCCGCAGCAAACCUGAUGAGGGGGUUUACACAUGUGUUGCCCGCAAUUACCUUGGAGAGGCCAUUAGCCGAAACGCCUCGCUGGAAGUAGCCAUUCUCAGGGAUGAUUUCCGCCAGCCUCCCAAUGAUGUGGUGGUGGCAGCAGGAGAACCUGCUGUGCUGGAGUGUGUCCCUCCCAGGGGUCACCCUGAGCCCACCGUUUCCUGGAAGAGGAACAAUGUUCGUGUCAAUGACAAGGACGGCAGGAUCUCUAUGCGUGGUGGUAAGCUGAUGAUUUCUCACACCCGGAAAAGUGACGCAGGCAUGUAUGUGUGCGUAGGCACCAAUAUGGUGGGCGAGAGAGACAGUGAUCCAGCUGAACUCGUUGUGUUUGAGAGGCCAGUGUUCAUCCGCAGACCUGUGAAUCAGAUCGUUUUGGGUGAGGAGACUGUUGACUUUCUAUGCGAGGUUCAUGGAGACCCGGCUCCGACUGUCCGCUGGAACAGAGACGAAGGAGAACUACCGCGGGGGAGAUUUGAGAUCCGUGGUGACAACAGCUUGCGUCUGAUAAGAGUCAGAGCAGAGGAUGAGGGCACAUACACGUGUGUCACAGAAAACAGCGUAGGCAAAACUGAAGCAUCCGCUGUGCUGCAGGUCCACGUGCCACCACAGAUUGACGUACCUCCCCAGGAUCAAGUCGCUGCCCAAGGACGAACCAUCACUUUUCAGUGUGGCACCCAGGGAAACCCUCUUCCUGCAGUUUUCUGGCAGAAAGAAGGGAGUCAGAUGCUGCUUUUCCCUGGCCAACCUCCUUCCCAGUCAGGCCGUUAUUCUGUGUCCAUGAGCGGAGAGCUGUCCAUCUCUGAUGUUCACUCUGAGGACUCCGGCUACUAUAUCUGCCAGGCGAUCAGUGUGGCAGGAAGUGUCCUCGCCAAGGCUCUCCUGGAAGUGAAAACUGGCCCAUCAGAUCUCAUCCCACCAAUUAUCCGACAGGGCCCAGCCAACCAGACGCUCACUUUAGGCUCCAGCGCCCUACUCCAGUGCCAUGUGAUGGGCAGCCCAAUCCCCAGCGUCAGGUGGGAGAAGGACGGGGAAAGCAUUCUGAGCGAUGACAUUCACAUAAGCCUAAUGGAAAACGGCACUUUACACAUCAGCGGCUUGAAGGAGACCGACUCAGGGACAUACACCUGUGUCGCCUCCAGUUCCACUGGUGAGAUGAGUUGGAGUGGGACCCUGACAGUGAAAGCGACUGGAACGUCCUCCGUCCCGCGGGUCUCGCAGUCCCUGCAGCUGCCUGGUCCUCCUCAGAAGCCUGUGGUGACAGACGUGACCUCAAACAGUGUCACUCUCACUUGGCAGCCCAACCCACAUGAGGGCGGAGCUGCUGUCACUUCCUACAUCAUCGAGGCUUUCAGUCAAUCAGUGGGAAGCACAUGGCAGACUGUAGCUGAUCUCGUGAGGCUGGAGAAGCAUACAGUGUCUGGACUUUACCCAAACACCGUUUACCUGUUCAUCAUCCGAGCAGUCAACUCCUUUGGCCUGAGUGACCCCAGCCCCAUCUCAGAGCCAGUCCGAACACAAGAUGGUCCAGAAGGUCAGGGAAAAGACCAAGCACAUGUGCAUAUGGAAUUAGGAGGGGUCAAGGUUCGUCUGCAGACACCCAAAGUCUUGAACCCUACAAGCGUUCAAAUCACAUGGACUCUUGACCAGCACCCUCGGUUUAUUGAAGGCUACAGGCUGUACUACAGGCCUGUGGGGGGCACGUGGAUGAUCCAGGACGUAAAAGCAGGUCCCCUACACACUGCUGUUCUAACAGAGCUACACAGAGGAAAAGAAUACGAGUUCAAAAUGAGACCGUAUCACAAUGAGUUUCAGGGGAUUGACAGUGAAAUAGCCGUGGUUCGCAUUCCUGAUGAAGUGCUGAGCGGCCCUCCUCAGGGAGUCAGCGUGGUGCAGUUAAGUAACAGUUCAAUCGUGCGAGUGUCCUGGCAGCCUCCUCCCCCUGAUGUGCCAGAGGAGCUCAUACUAGAAUACAGGGUGUGGUGUUUAGGAAACGGGUCUCAGCAGAUGAUCAACAGGAGCGUGGAUGGGGAUAUGCUGUGGGUGAUGUUGGGCGGGCUGUUGCCUGAGUCAGUGUAUAGCGUGCAGGUUGCAGCGGUCACAAGUGCAGGAGUGGGCACUCAUAGCCAACCUGUGUUCAUCUCCCUGAAAAUGGCAAUAGAUCAGUCCUUGUCAGCGGUGAAGGAUGACACUGUCAGCCUAUCCGAGCAGAUCACAGGGGUGGUCCGUCAGCCAGCUUUCAUCGCCGGGAUUGGUGUCUCAUCCUGGAUGGUUCUUAUGGGUUUCAGCACCUGGAUCUACUGCAGACACAGAAGAAGGAAAGAACUUGGACACUAUACUACUUCCUUUGCAUAUACGCCCGCAGUUGCACUCUCUCAUGGUGAUGGCUCGGAUCUAAUAAAUGGAAGACCAUGUUUGUUGGAGUCACACUUGGGUAACUACCCUUGGCUGGCUGACUCGUGGCCUACUAGCAACUUCUCUCGAAAUGGAAAAGAUUCGGUCAACUGCUGUGCAGCCAGACUUGAUUCCACAGAUCAAUACAACAACACUUCAGGAUUAUCGAAUUAUCUGAACCAGACUGGGAAGUACAGCCCGGCCUCUAACGAAGGCGCCAUAUACUGUACCAUCAACCCAGCUGAUGCAGAUGGGCAUGAUGUGUGCAGCCUGUACUCUCAGGGUCCAGACCCAUACACCAGCAUGCCAGUCCUCUCCAAAACUGACCUCUACAACACAGAGCAGGACCUGGACCAGUGGAGCCUUCAGUCCAGCCACAGUGGAGCAGAAUAUGCAAAACUUCAGUAUCCAAGAGGCGAAAAUGCCAAACAGAAGCCUCUAGGACAAAUUUCUUCACCCACUUGGCCUGACGUGCUGUCCCUUCAUUCAGCACAAAACAAGGAGCAAAAAAGACACAGCCCUGAGGAGGAUGAAGAGUGGUGUCCUCCUCUGCCCGAGCGAUCGUAUCUGAUUGAGGGUCUGGAGGAUGCAGCCACUCUGCCUUUGAGAGGAGGGGGAACCAACAGAGCCACGACCUACAGCCUGCAGUCCACAGCAACUCUCACACCGUCCCCCAGUGAGGAGCAAUACCCUCCGAACCUGCACCAUCCAGACCUGCUGCCACGGAAUACACAGUUUGCUCUUUCCAACCCGAAGCUUUCCACCAAGACAGAGUCUCUUAAUGGCAGCGUUCCCAACCACAGCGGUCCUUGGAGAGACAUUGCUGAAAUGGAGGAACUAUUCUCCAACACCACAGGCACAAAAGAAUAUGCAUCAUUCACAUCUUCAAUUCAGAAGCCCAGGCCUAAGAAGAAAUCUCAAAAGGAUGUCCUUGCGAGACGUGAAGUGUUGAACCCAGGGAGGAAGAACCCACAUGACCUGCCUCCUUCACCUGAGCCCCCUCUUGUAUCAGAGGACCCACUCAAGCAACUGACAGACACACUGGACAACGGAGGGACCAGGACGCCCCCACAGCACAGAGAGAGAAGAUCAGACCGCAGAGCAGCCGCACAGUGGAGCACGGAAGAUGAAGAUUUAAUCCAGUAUUUGAAAGCAAACCUCCUGUGCAGCGGUCAGAUGUCCAGCCACUGUUCCCUCUCCAGAAGCUCUGCCUCUCAUUCCUCCACAACCUCGCGUUCCUUGAGGACAGGAAGGAGGAGAAAUGAGAACAUGAUAUGAGGAGAGAAAGUCGUCCUGUUGUUCACCACUCUACAUGCAACAUACGCCAUGCAGUGUAUAUGCCUUUGCGCUCUGGUCCUUCACCUGUUUUUUUGUUCAUCAUUU